UGUUUAAAUGUCAAUGUAAUACACGGAUAAGAAAUUUAUAUUACGGUUCAAUAAUGGGAGAAAUGGACUCUUUAAAAGCUUUGAAAAUUUUAGACUUAAAAACUUUUAUGACUAAUAUAAGUUGUAAACUCUCAGCAAUUACAUACGUUCAUCCACCUGAUAAGCAAAUACUUUGUGUGGUUACUAUCGAAAAUGACAUAGUUUUACACCUGUCUACUAUAGAUGAAACAGAAGAUUUAAAACGUAUUUGCUGGUUUCAAAAAAAUAGCAAAAUAGUACAGGAUAUUUGCUUUGAUCCAGCUGGAACAAAAUUAUUAGUUCUCUGCUUAGAUAAUUCUUUACAUAUUGUACCAGCUUUAAAAAUUUUUCAAGAAGACAAUGAUAAAUAUUUUAUGGAUCAUAAAAUAAUAUCAUUUAUAAUUCCAUUUACAGGGCCCCAUCUUUGCCCUUGUCCACAAAAAUGUCCAAAUUUAGAAAUCGAUUUAGUGGUUGAAAACUGCAGCACGACCGACUUUGAAGAAAAUGGAGAUUCAAUGAAAACUUCAACCGAUUUAAGUUCGUCAAUAUCGGUAUGUCCUCAACCAACAUCAACAGUUUGGUGGCAGACAAUUGAUUUGAAAAACAGGGCUAUUAUUGGAUAUUCCGAUGGGUCGAUAUGUUUUGUUGAACUGGCACCGAAUUGUCCAUUUAUCGCCAGCACAGCAAUUGAUAAGGGUGCCGUGGAAAAACUAACAAUUUGCCGAGAUAAUACCAUGCAAAAUGUUAGUCUUCUUAUUAAUUCUUCCCAAAGUGAGCAAUAUAAACUCUUACUAGAAAAAACUUGUAUAAACUUUUUGUACCCGGGAGAUUUGUCACCGAAAAAUGCAGACAACAGUGUUGAAAAUUGGCAAAUUGUUGUCCCAGUUAAUCAACAGAGCGACGCAAAAGACAACGAAAAUAGUACAGAUAAAGAAGCAGAUGCUAAAGAACGAUCAUUUGAUUCGACAGUUUCAUUUUCAACUAAUGAAAAAAGUUUAAAUAAAGAAAAUGUCGAAAAAGGGACCGGAAUUUUACCUACGGCUAAAGCAAAAUUAGCAUCUUUAAAAGAUUUGGGCACAAAAAAAUUGAAUCGCUUAAAAAUGAAACUAGCUGAAACAAAAUCACAAAAAGUAAAUGAAACCGACAAUAAUAUUGAAAAAUUUACUAUAAUCGAUUCACCACAAAUGGUUCCAGAGCUUUUAAGUAGUGUUAAUGGUCCUUCGUUCGCUGCUCAAGUGCUUCGGAACACAUUUUUUUUGAGUGCCUUACGUUCAAAUUUAAAUACCCUGUCUAUUUAUAGUAUGGACACAUCUUUUCUACCUUUAUUUCUUUAUAAGUUACCUAACAGUUGUAGAGAAAUUUUAAUCGGAUCAAAUGUUUUGUAUACUAUACAUUUACAAGAAAUGACAGAAGAAAAUUUUUCGCGAUCUUCUGAUGCUAAGACUGAACCAAAAGAGAAUAAGGAAAUAAAUGAAAAUCCCGAAAGCGAAAGCUUGGCAAGUGAAAUUCACCCAAACAUUAAAUACAUUGAUGAAAUAUGUGUUUUAAGUAGUUCAAUGGCUUCUAUGAAAACGGGACAAGAAGAAAUAUUCAAUGAGCGAUCUGUAUUACGAAAAUUUUCGUUUGAAAACGAAACUAUUAUUAAUUUGCAUAGGAAACUUAAAUUUCCAAAAACAGAAAAUGCUCUAGAAACUCAAAAUCAAAUUGACAUUCUAAAUCUUAAAUUUCAAAAUAUUAAAACAUCUUCGGACUACGUAUUUUUCUAUAAAAGGGAAGAAGAAAACAAAGAAAUUACCUUAUCAAAAGAAGAUAUUUUGAAAUCAGAUAUUAAUAAAUUAAAUUUUGAUCCAUGCUACAUUAUAACUAAUAGAAAUAUUUAUUAUAUCGAUUUUACUGACGAACCCGUUAAAUUAUUUUUAGAUGCAGCUGUUGCUGGAAAAUGGAAUAGUUGCGAAGAGUUUUGUAAUACUUUUGAUUUAAAUUAUACUCAAUGCAUGGAAUUUGCUGGGGAUUAUCUUCUGGAAACAAAAAAAGUAACACAAGCUCUAGUUACAUAUAACGUUGCCAAAGUACCAAUAAUAAAAACUGCGUUAAAAUUAGCAUUACAUAAAGAAACAUAUGCUUUAAUGCAUUUAUGUGCGAUGGCUUUAAAAGUAGUUUAUUUGUUAAAAAGUAAAUAUUUUAAUCGAAGACUUUAUUUUAGUAUAUUACAAAGUCUUCCAUCAAUGCACGUUGAAGAAUUUAAUCUCUUAAAUCACAUGAAAAAAUCAAAUGAAAAUAUAAUUAAUGAAGGAUGGAAAUGUAGUGAUUACGUUUACGGUGUCGAUGAACCUAUUACCUCAUUGCAAAUGACAGCUUCAUCACAAUUUCAUUUAUCGAAUUUACUUUUAAUAACUUUAGUCGAACGAACUGUUAAAGAUAAGAAUUAUGUUCCACUUUGGAAUUUCAUACAUAACAAUAGCAAAUUUCAUUACAACAUGGCAAGCAUAGUCCUUUCACAGAGUGGGCUGUAUUCAGCUGCUGUUAUUUUAGCAAUGACGAAAGGAGCUUUUCUUGACGUAUUUGUGGGGUUAGUAAAUGCCGCAAAUCAAGAAUUUGGAUUCUAUUCCGAAUUAAAUGUGUGUUUAUAUAAUUUGACCGAGCCAAUAUUUGUUGAAUCUAUAACAUAUUUACAUAGAACUGCACAUGACUACUUUGAUAUAAUCGAAAGCAAAAUGAACAAAAUAUUGCCAAAUGUUUUAGAAAGAUUAGAGCAACAAUUGAAUCCAUUUUCUGGAAUUUAUAGAUCAAUGAUUUGCCAACCAUUUACACAAAAUUUUAUCGAUUGUGACUUUACUGGGGCCGAUUGUGUUGAUAUAUUGAGCUUUUGUAGUCAUCUAGUUGAAACUUAUAUUAAUGUAAUUGUUAAUAUGCUUAAACAUAACGCAACUUAUCUGGGUAACAUUCUCAACGCUUUUGAUACAUUUAACGUGCAGUACGAAACUAAUCAUGUCGCUGUUUGUAUACCAUUUUUUACACCUCUAGCUGUUGGAUGUACUAAUUGCGCCUAUGUAGUAGAUGGAGUCGCAUAUUUUUGGGGAAAUAAUGGAAUUCCGUUAGUUUAUGAUUCGGCAAAUUUCACUGAUUUAGCGGAGCCGCCAUAUACCGUAAAGCGAUUGGAAAUAUUGAACCGAAUUCAGAUUGAGGUUUAUGCUGUUAAAUGUGGCCGUCAGCAUGUACUUAUCUUGACCAAUAAUGGUUUGUAUAGUUUUGGAUCAAACAAUCUUUACCAGCUUGGUGUUGGCAAAAAUAUUUUGCAAUCUCUGCAACCGUUACACGUUAAAAGUUUAGAUUUGAAAUAUAUAAGCCUUAUAGAAGCUGGACAAUACCAUAACGCAGUUAUAGCAGAAAAUAAGUUGUAUACUUGGGGAUGGGGUGUGUAUGGUCAACUUGGUCAUGGUAGUACUGAAAACAUAGAUAAACCAAAACGUGUGAUAUUUUUCAAACGGAAAAAUAUUAUUAACGUAUCUUUAGGACACGCUCAUUCAUUAGUAUUAUGUUCAGGUGAUGGAAAUUUUACAGAACUUUACGUUUUCGGCUCAAACCAUUUCGGCCAAUUAGGAAUUGGUACUUCAACCGUUAGUAAAUUAUUACUACCCACAAAAUUGGAAUUUAGUGCAAAUAUAGUGUUAAUUUGUACAAAAUUUUUUACAAAUCUUGCUGUGGAUAGUGAUAAUAAAUUAUAUACAUGGGGUAGUUCACCGCAGGCUUUGAGGUUAGCAAACCAAAUGAAAAGAAGAACGAAUAGUAAGCAAAAAUUGGAAGAAUCAAUCAAGAAGGAAAUCGAUAGAAGAAAACAAUCGGGUGAAGAUGAAACAACAGAUUGUUGUGAUAUUAAAUUGGAAGUCCCCGUAUUGGAGAAAGCUCGGGAAAUGAUUUUAUCAAAAUCACCAUUAAAAAUCCGUAAAAAUAAGCGGAAAGAUUCAGAAGUCAGAAAUAAAGAGGAGUCUAGUUCUGAACAACUUGGCACUUUAAUGGAGGCAGAUACUCCGCAAAACAGUCCAUUGGAGAAUCAAAAUAUGGAAAAUCAAACGGAACAGCUUUUGGGGGACGAAAUCCCGGAAUCUGAAGUUUCAGCCGAAAAAGAAAAAUUUGAUACCAAUUUUGAAGCAAAUGCUAGAGCUAGUAGUAGCGCUGAUGUCCUUAACGAUUCUGUUAAUAUCUCAGAUUCUGCUAUAGAAGAUGCAGAUAUCAAUGUUGAAUCUGCUAUUGUUGCUUCAGAGAACAUAGCUACCAGUGAAAUUGAACAUUUAAUGCCACAUAUUGUAGAUUCAAGUGAAGUAUCGGGCAGAAUAUUGCAAAUAUCAUGUGGUUUGUUUCAUUGCGCUUUAAUUUCAUCAACAAACACUUUAUAUACUUGGGGAAAAAAUAUCGAACAUCAAUUAGGUACAGAAGAUCGUGAAAGAAAACCAGUUGCAAAGCCAUCCCCAAUCGAAGCUGUUGAAAAUCCAUUGUUUGUGCAUUGCGGUUAUGAUUUUACAGUUGUAAUUACAACAGAUUAUGCUGUUAAGGCCUUUGGUGGAAAUUCAUAUGGCCAAUGUGGCAAGGAUUUAAGUUCCGAAAAUAAAUCUGGACGGUUAUUUUGUUUACCGACUACAAAAAGAUUGUUGCGCUUGGAUGGAAAUUGUUCUGAAAGUCCACAUGAAAUACCAGUACCGAAGCCAAAAAUAAAAUUUGAAAAGGAAUCAAUAAGAUUUUUGAAAUCUAUCCCUAAGUAUCAGAAAAAAUUUUUACAGAGAUUUGUUAUAUCAAAAGAUACAUCAUUUCAAAAUAUCGCCGGAAAUAGUAAUGGAAUUGGAAAUGGUUUCUCUGAAGGCUUUAGCUCAAGCUUCGAAAGCUCGGAAAUUAGUGACGUUGAUCCAGACUCAUUGACACCAUAUACAGAAAAUAUUAUUUCAUCAGAGGAUACAGAUACACGUCGGACGUCAAUAACAACAACUUACACAAACAAUUAUAUACAUUAUUGCUUAACGGUUUUGCAUGGAUUAUAUAAUCCAGAAAAAUUAUUCACACUUUUGUCAAAAGAAUUUUUAGAAUUUAAGGUUCGCAUCUUAAUGUUAAAUUUUAAAUUUUUAGAGGCUUUCAAAAUGUGCUUACUAGAUUGUAACUCAGCUAUAAAAUCUAUUCAAAUAUUUGAAUAUUUUACCAAAGAUACUAGUAUUGUGCCUAUAAAAAGGCAAGAUAUGAAAUUUUUUAUACAUAGUUUAUUAAAUCACUUUAUUCGUAAUAAUUAUGAUUUGAAAAUAUGUGAGCAGUUUUUUAUGUCAGAUUUAGAUUAUUAUUUAUCUGAAUUAACUUCCGUUUUAUUUUUCAGCUCUGAUAAUUAUAAAUUAGACGAAAAUUUAACAAAACAGUUAAAAAAAUUAUUUAUUGCUGACAUAAACGAAAAAUCUGAUUACUUAUUCGAAAAUUCUGAAUUGAUAUUUGAUUCUAUAAGCGUUAAAUUUAAGACAGUUGUUUGCAAAAAAGUUUUAAACUGCUUAGUUCACUGAAAUAUCGUAUAAAAACUAAUACUGUUAAUAAUUUCUUAUAGUAUAAAUAAUAUUUUUAGCUUAAUGCAUUGUGCUCUGAAAAAUAUCGGUCAUUCGCAAUCAAAAUAUAAGUCAUCGAAUUUCAAUAUUAAAAUUUAAUUAUAUAAAUUUAUUUUAAUAUUAAAAUUUGUUUUAGAAACGUUUAAAUCAUAGAAACGCAAACCAUACUAAAACAAUUGGAGAAGUACAUACGAAAAUUAAUUUUAAACAUAAGAUAUUUAUUUAUUACUAUAAUGUUAAAAAAUAAUAAGAUAGUUUGAAAUAAGCAUACCUGCAUAUUUUGAGAUUUUACUCGAUUGAAUUUACUACAUACAUACUGUAUUUAUUUAUGAAUUUAUUUAUUUUUGGGGAAAUGCAAAAACUAAUCAUUUUAAAUGAAGUGAAAUUUUAGCUAGUUUGAGUUUUAAUACUCUUAAGAUUAAAAAAAAUAAUUGCGUAAAAGUGACAUAAUUAUGUUAAAGCAUUUCAAGAAUUAUUUGACUUUCAUCAUAACCAGAUUAUAACGAACUAAAAAUUGAUUAUAAUGAAUUAUAAAUUCUGUAUGAACUAUUUAAAAAGUUUUUGUAAAUUAUGAUUGAAUUGUA